AUGCCACGCAAAAAUCGGGAAUUUCUAGAUCCCCCUCCUCCCACUAAUGUGUGCCAAAUAGAACCUGGACCUGCGAGACGCGCCUGGGUCGGAGGAAUCGGUCAAUUUGUCCAAGACUUUCCAAAUUGUGCGGAACCAGGUUAUUCGACGACGGAAUACGUGACUCAACAGUAUAUUCCGUGUGGAUCGGUACAAGGCGGAGAGACGGUGUACGGAAAUAAUUUCUACUACACGAGAACAGAAAACGAUGCCAAAACGAAGUACGGCAAGACGCAAAUGAAUUCAGGCGAGACGGAAAUUCAUCUCAAUUUCAGACUGGACAAUUCACUCUGCAAUAUGUAUUACGAUUUGGAUUUUGUAGCUAAUGGUGUCGUAAUUAAUGCGACAUGGUCAAACCCAGCAUACAAGCCUCACGUCAAUAUAAGUGGACUAUAUGCCGUGCAACGCUCCAUCUCCACUCGGUUUGCCUUCAUCACAUCGCACGCUAUGCACUCGCCGAUAUUCUACGAAAACGCGGACCCCGUCCCCCGCGGUGUCCAAAACGUGAUCUGCUCCGAGCCCCUGAAAGGCGAAUGGAUAAUGAACCCCGACCCGACAAACUUCACCUGGCCUGGGACCAAAACCAAGCACCGCGCCUCCAUCACCGCCGGUGCCGACUUGGUCCUCAAUCCCAACGCCACGGCAGAUUCGACUUUCGGCGGCGCCAUCAAGUUCAUCUACCCUGUUCCCUCACGCUCCUCCCUGUACAACCUGCACCCCCCGUGGUACACCAACUCGACCGAAUAUUCCACCCGGGACGACCCAAUCCGUCAAGCUUUCGGCGGCCGACGCACCUGGACCUAUUCCGACCGCCCCAUGCAAGACCCUGACGAAAUCUACUCCGCCUGGCUAUUGUGGGACGACUGGUACGAAUAUCCCCGCGGGAGGGAUCCCACCCUUCUAAUGUCGCAUUCCCACUACCACUCCGCCGUACAACGUGUCCUCAACGAGUUCGACUGGGAAACGUGGCGGGAGCGUGGGGACGAUCGAAAUCCUGGAUAUCGUCCUUGGGGAAAUGGUCACGAUCGGUGCAGCGUGUAUGAAGGAGGACGAGAUAUUUUAAACCACUACCCGCAUCCCUACUACGAUGCGACAUGCGUCCAGCUGAUCGCCCAGCAUCCCGAACACGAUGUGGCAAAUGUGCAAAACACUGAUGUCCGGGCCACCUUUCGCAUCAUCAUUAGGCGGAAGGAGACAAUCAAGACGGAGGGAAGGUUUGUUCAUACGGAGUGGACGCUGAUAGCUAACAGUUUCGAUGCCGAACUCCCCCCGAUUUUGGGGCGAUGCAAGCCCAGUAUUUGGUUAAUCCAUGGCAUUGGAAACUUUGAUCAAGGUCCACCCGUUUGUGACCUGUACUUCAGACAGUACGAGGCACGAAAGACGUUAGCCCGGACCGAAAUCCGUCCGUGGAAUCGGCAACGACAGUUCAGCUACGACGUCAUGCGACUUUUUCUGCAAUUAGUGCGUGUUAACCAGGCUUAA